AUGACUCUUAAGGGGUCCAAAUCCCAAGCGGCGGAGUUGGCUCCGGCCAUGCCUCAAAAGCGGCCUGGCAGCGCCGAAAGCCCCAUCUCGACCAAGGUCAAGCUGCCCAAGUUUGAACGCGACACGGAAGACUUCUCGAGCGUCGUCAAAUCCAAGUUACAAGCCUACACGCGCACAGGGCAGGCAUGCGACCGAUGCAAGGUCCGCAAAAUUCGAUGCGAUGCCUUACCUCAAGGAUGCUCCCAUUGCGCCAACCAGAACCUGGAGUGCUUCGUCACGGACAGAGUCACGGGUCGCACAGAACGACGUGGCUAUAUACAGGACCUGGAACGCGAGAAGACCGAUAUGUUGAAUCACAUCCGCGCGUUGGAGAAAGUGCUCGAGAAUAAUGGCAUCGAAGUCAUACCGUGGAAAUGGGGCCCGCGAGACGGAAAUUACCCACCUGGCGUCACAUUUGAUUCCAUGGGACAUCCAACUGUGCCACCGGCUGAGCCUGGCAAGAGCCAGUGGUCGCGUGUCGAAACGGUUUGGACUCGCAAGAGCCUCGAAACCAAACCCAACAGUAUUCCCUCGUUGCACCAGAUGCCCCAGCCCACGGCAUCAUCCAAGACAUUGGAAUCGAGGAUCUACGAUAGCCAUCUGGUUGGCGGCUCUGAAUCUGCGCCUUUGAGCUCAAUCAAGGGAACGAAGCUGUCGAUCCUUGGCACGACUGUUGAUGUGACAUCCUUUCUGGCACCCGAUAUGGACGACUUACCUACACCUGGCGCGCCAUUAUACAACCGAUCCGUCCAGGCCUUUAUACAAUCAGCUUACAGGUUGAACCCGCCGUUGCCCGCGGAACUACCACCUCGGAGUGAGGCGUUUGAGUACGCUGAGUGGUAUUUCAUCAUCUGCCACCCUUUCAGCCCAAUUCUUCACAAGCCGUCGUUUAUGGCCCUUCUUACACGCAUAUAUGACGAUCCGGCCUUCGUGGCGACCGCGGCGGAGCUAGUCGUUGUGCACAUGGUCUUCGCUACCAUAUAUUUUCAGUACGGUGUGCGAAAUCCUCAGAACUUGGAGAGACACAGGCAGCUUGAUGGACUGGCAAGCCAGCACUAUCACUACAGCCUAAGCAGGUUCUGCGAUCUGGAGGCUGAUCGGACCAUCACGUCCGUACAGGCUCUCCUUUUGUUGGGCCUUCAUAUGCGUGGGUUUUCGAAGCCCGGUGGUGCCUACCUGGUUAGUUACUCGGCUUUUGCAAAGGCCAUCGAGCUGGGUCUGAACAAGGCAGCGCCUGGUGUACUCGAUGGAAGUGUGCUCAAUCUCGAAACGGAGCUUCGCAGUCGGGCUUGGUGGUCAGUCCUUGUCCUAACCACUGCGCUGAAUGGCCACCUGGGGAGGCCAAUGGUCGUCACUAUGCAAGACUUUGACGUACCCUUCCCGACACCCAUUCCGGAUGAGUGUCUUACUGCAGACGGAAUCACGGACCGAUCCCGAAUAGGCGAGUGUACCUACUGGGUUGGUUUGGCGAUAUACCGGAUCACACCAGCGUACAUGGACCUUUACGCGAAUAUUUACAGCGUGCGGCGGGAUCCGCAACGUCAUGCAGAGGUUGUUGCACGAAUUGAAGAGCAGGCUGCUAAAUGGAAAGAGGAACUGCCUGCCGAGCUGCGUGGUGACAAUGAGGAACAGGUUAGCCAAACCGGGAAAGCGAAGCUGUUCGCCCUCAUCGCCCGUGGGGUUUAUAUUGAAUUACGGCUCAUGCUGAGGCAUCCAUCUGCGUGCCCCUUGGUAGAUCCAGAAUACCAGGCUGAGAAUACGCGAUUGAGCGAGGAGAUGUCUAGGGAACUUCUUGACCAUGUCACAACUGUUCUUAAGCUUAGGUCUGGGGACACGACGUGGUAUCAAAUAUCCACCUACGUUGCGGCUGUCUCCUGCACUCUGGCUGCCAAUUGGGAGAGGAGAUUUAGCAUCACCCAAGAAGAGGUUGCGAGAUUAAGGCGGGAGAUGAACAGGUGGCUUGGCAUCAUCGAAGAGACCGGAAAAUCCCUCGGGUCCCAGGUCGGUGUUUGCGCCGACAUCAGUCGAAUCAUCAAUCACACCAUUGCCGGGAUAGAAGCGGUUCGCAGGGGAGCGUCGCACUCGGCAAGAUCUCCCGUAAAGACUUUGUUGUCUGACGAACAGACUCGGGAGCAGCGCAAGCCAUCGCCGGAAUGGCCUCGUGUGCCCAAAAGCCAGUCAACUCCGGCCGUCACAACCUUUGAAGAUCAUAGCAUUCCUGUAACAAGCGGGAGUUCGGUGCCACCGACCUCCCUUGGCUUUGAUCCCAACAUCAACACGUCAACGAGCACACAGCUCCCAAAUCUACUGUUACAAAUACCGCUAGAGCACAUCCCCACCACGCACACGGUUCAUGCGGCACUAUUCCGUGAUGUCUCCAACGCUGCCCACCUGCAUUCGCAGCUUCUAGCCCGCAACCCGGCUUUUGAGUACGCGCUCAUCGACGCGUCGGCCGUUGCGAGCACUGCGCAGGUGCUGGCAGCUGUGUUCAGGGCAUUGACGGCGCUUCUUGGUGGUGGCCUACGCACGCCAAAUGUGCACUCCGAGACGGUGUUCUGUCUUAGCCCCUCAAACAACAUCACGGAAGCCUACAGGAGAUUCGGCAUCUCACCUACUACCAAGGAUGUCAUCGUCCUCAAGAUCCUCUUUCCGGCCGAGGACGCAAAAGAUGUUGCCCCUUCGCCAGAAGAUGUUUGGACGCACCUGUGUGCCAACAUUCAAGGCACUGCGCUGCCGUUCACAGACGAAAGCAUCAGCCCCCUGACGGAUUGGGCCAAGGUGCGGAAGUACUACAAGCUCAAUGCUGCUCCUGCACUGGCCGGCCUCAAGGACGAGGACACCAAGAGGAAGGAGUCUGAAAUGUUGAUCCUAGGAGCCAUGGCUCUGCGGGGAGUCUGA